UUUAGGCAUUUCUGAAGACUUUCCAAAGGUCAAGGGUCAUUGUGUAUCUUGGAACCAGAAGCUUCCCAGAGUGGCCGGGCAGAGCCCUGUGCCCGCACCCGGGGCAAAUCUGCAGAGUCUCGGAGUUAAGGGGUUCAGGUGAACCCCUCUCUUCUGCUCUUCCCGGUCGGUGCCCGCCGAGCUCGGCUCCGGGGCAGCCCUCCGGUCUGGCAGAGGCUCGGGAAAGACAUGCUGUUUUGUUUAAAUCCUCCACAUUCUUUGCCAUUUCCCCAUUGGCCGGAUGGGGCUACGCUCCCCGCCGCGGCCGCCGCUGAUGUCAGCUUCGUCGCGCUCGCUCCUCCCGCCCCCACCACGCCGGCCCCAGGCUCACUGCAGCUCGGCGCGACUGCCGGGCCCGGCGAGGCGGCUGCAAACUCGGGGCGCUUGCGGCGCUCGCGGAGCCGAGGGCUCGGGGGAGGGGACGCGCGGAAGGCGCCAGCCAAGGUCGGAGGCACCGCGGCCCCAGCCGGGCAGAGCCGAGCAGAACCGAGCGGUGGCGGCGGCGGCGCUCGCUCUGCCCUCUUCUCUCCCAGCCGAGCCCCGGAGCGCUCGGGGACUGGCCCUAAAAAGAGCAGGAAAUCUGUUUACCGCCCGGGGAGAGGAGCCGUGCGAGCCUUUGUCUGGCAAGUCGGCAUCUCCGGCUCGGGCUGCGAUGUGCUCCUGGUGACAUUAGCGCUGGGCGGACCGGCCGGAGCAAGGGGGGGUCGCCAGGUUCAGCCCAACCUCCGGAGGCGGAUCGAGCAGUACAAAAUUGGACAGCUGUACAUGAUCAGCAAGCACAGCCACGAACAGAGCGACCGGGGAGAAGGGGUGGAGGUUGUCCAGAAUGAGCCCUUCGAGGACCCUCACCACGGCAACGGGCAGUUCACUGAGAAGAGGGUGUAUCUCAACAGCAAACUGCCUAGUUGGGCUAGAGCUGUGGUCCCCAAAAUAUUUUAUGUGACAGAGAAGGCUUGGAACUAUUAUCCCUACACAAUUACAGAAUACACAUGUUCCUUUCUGCCAAAAUUCUCCAUCCAUAUAGAAACCAAGUAUGAGGACAACAAAGGAAGCAACGACAGCAUUUUUGACAGUGAAGCCAAAGAUUUAGAGAGAGAAGUUUGCUUUAUUGAUAUCGCCUGUGAUGAAAUUCCAGAACGCUACUACAAAGAAUCUGAGGAUCCUAAACACUUCAAGUCAGAGAAGACAGGCCGGGGUCAGUUAAGGGAAGGCUGGAGAGAUAGUCAUCAGCCCAUCAUGUGCUCCUACAAGCUGGUGACCGUGAAAUUUGAAGUCUGGGGGCUUCAGACCAGAGUGGAACAAUUUGUGCACAAGGUGGUCCGAGACAUUCUACUGAUUGGACACAGACAGGCUUUUGCAUGGGUUGAUGAGUGGUAUGACAUGACAAUGGAUGAAGUCCGGGAAUUCGAACGAGCCACUCAGGAAGCCACCAACAAGAAAAUCGGCGUUUUCCCACCUGCAAUUUCGAUCUCCAGCAUACCCCUGCUGCCUUCUUCAGUGCGCAGCGCCCCGUCCAGCGCUCCAUCCACACCCCUGUCCACAGACGCGCCAGAAUUUCUGAGUGUUCCCAAAGAUCGGCCCCGGAAGAAGUCUGCUCCAGAAACUCUCACGCUUCCAGACCCUGAGAAAAAAGCCACCCUGAAUUUACCUGGGAUGCACUCUUCUGAUAAGCCAUGUCGGCCCAAAUCAGAGUAACUCCAUAUGAAUAUCUCAUGGGGUUUUGUAUUUUCAUUUUGGGUUUUAUUUUUGUUUUUUGGUUUUUUUAAGGAAUCUUCUGGUAUAGGAAAAGACUGCCUUGUCACUCAGACAUGUUCCUUUGAUCUCCGAGUGUGCAUGUGGUUAAGUAAUUUCACAAAUAAUAUGAAUCCCUAAGUGUGCCACACAGCAUCAUAGUACAUGUAAGAUGUAAGCCUUGCAAAAACCAGAAGGAAUCUUCUAUAGCCACCACUGUCAGCCAGAGAGAAAGCCUUGUUCAUUGGCAUUUGUUGAGGUUGGCAUGGACUUCAAGAGUAAAUAUAUGGAAGUUUACACCACUUUGUUGCCAGGUGUGGUAAAGUAGUGAAGGCACUUUCCUCCCAUCAAACCUGAAAUUCUCAAAACUAUUCUCAGGCAUCACAUAACCAAUUGUUAAAUUUUGAACUGUUGACCACCAAUACUUGAAUACCAAUAGUUACUGAGAUUCCUAUUUUUGGUUAGUCUGACUCAGGAUUUGGGGCCUAAUUAACUAUUUAAAUUUUUGAAAAUUUUAAUUAUCAGUCCAUAAAGGCUCCAAGUGCAAUUAAUAAUAACUUAUUUAUACCUUUCACAGAAUUUAAUAAAGAUUCCGCUUGUAUCUGUCUUUUAAUAGCUUUCCCCUUUGUGCCCUUGUGGCCUCAGAAAUCUUCCAGAGUUGCAUGGAUGAAUGUCACCGUAACUGAUUUAUUUAGAAUGGCUCAGUUUAGGAAUCAAGAGGCCCAGGUGAGACAAACAUCUCUUUUCUCUACAGGUACCAACAAACCUUGACUUGCCAGCUUCCAUCAUCCUUUAAGAUUUCUCAGAAUUUUCAAUUAACUGAAUAGAAUUCAUUAAUUAUUUGCCCAUUCGAAGAAGUUCAAGGGUAGAGUAAGCUAACUGGACUUUAACACUGUGAGAAUAUCUGGGGUGUGAAUCAUGAGAAACAGAAUCAUCUACGAUUCCCUCCUGAUUUUACUCUUAGUAACAUCCAAACUUCCCUGGGAAGGAUUGCCCACCCCCAGACCAUAGGGAAGAAGAUCCAAAUAGUGGGGCCUGGGGUUGUAGCUCAGUAGUAGAGCAUUUGUCUAGCAUGUUUUAAGGCCCUGGGUUCAAUCCCCAGCACUGCACACAAAGGAAAGAAAGAGAAAGGGGGGAAAGAGAGAAAUUCAAAUAUUGAGGAUAUUGUGGAAAUCAAGAAAAUACUGCCAAGUGGAGGAAGAGAAUGAGAAUUUCUGACUCCUGUUUGUAAAACAAAGUGGGGGGAGGCAGGAUUAAUAACAAAUGUCUCUCUGUCUUGCUUUCAUUUCUGCAAGAUUAGAAUCAAUGUUGACAGAAGAUAAGAUCUUUUAUCAAAGUGACAGAGAAGAGAGCUCUUCUUUGGUUUAAAGAGAGCAAUCUGUCACGAUUGCACCUCACUGCCUUUAAACACCUGAGGGAGAGCAAGCAGAAUCUCAACACUGACAUUUGUCCUCCCAGAGAGGAAGAGAACAAGAUAAUUGAGCAUCUCUGAGGCCCACGCCCUACCUAGCUUGCCUUCUGGGCCAUAACCUCCAACCUCAGGAAAUGGACCUUCCCAAAACACAAGAUUCCAAAGGAAACCAAACAAACCAAGGAGCAUCUUCUCCUACCCUCAGAGCCUCUCAGCCAGUGGACCCUGCCUGCUCCCCCUCCCAGUGCUCGACACUCUGUGUAGUCGUUCAGGUCAAAACACUCUCCAAGGUGCAGGCGCUGGCCCCGUGAGCCCAGCACCAAAGUGUUCAAGUGUCUUGAUCAUUUCUUUAUCUAUAGAUUGACAUUUAGCUUACAAGGAAAACAGACUCUGUACUCAAAGGAAACUGGUUGCGUAUAGCUUAGAUCAACCAUACACCUUUUACUUAAGAAUGAUAGUAUCAUAGUAAGACACCUUCUUUGCAUGGUAUGGAAGCAUGAAUUUUGCUUGUGAGAAAACUUAGUCUUUUAUCAACCCCCUUGAACUUCUCAAUGGCUCCCUCUCCACGUACUAGUACUUAAUGGGAAUUUUUGGCUUCAGAAAGCAAAAUUCUAUUUGCAGAAUACGUGGAUGUGUAUAUGUAGUUGCUUACCAUUUGCAAGCUGAAAUCAGGGUAGGGAUGGGAUCAUUAUUUUCAUUAUAGAAUAAAUUUCUUGUGCAGGUUGUUUUCAUAUCUGGCACCAAAUUUUUCCAUGAAUACCAUUGCUAUUUUCCUUUUUCAUAAAGUAGCUUCUGCUGUCAAGGUCAACGACUUGAUAUGUUUUAGAAAGCUAAUUUCUGAUUUCCUUUUGUGACUUUUAUUUCUUUUAUAGCCAAUAUAAUACCACAGACAUCAAUUGCAAAGCUACCCACAAUAGUGUGAUUCUUAACCAACAAAUAUGUGCUCUUAAAGUAUGUCUAGUUUUUCUGUCUACGUGUGGUUUGUGAGCAUUACAAGGGGUGGGGGGUUGCAGGUAUUCCUUUAGUUGCUUUGAAUAAUCUAGUCAUCCAAGGCAUAAAUGACUUCAAUAUUUUAUAAACCUUGGUUUCUACCUAUCAUUUCACUUUCUCCAUACAUGAAUUUGUUAUUGUGGGAUACAAGCCUGCAAUGAGUGUGUAUAUAUAACAUUAAUAAUUCUUAUCUUAUAAGGAUGGAAAUUAAAUGGUUGCAUGAUGGAAAUUUAAAAGGAAAAAAAAGCAGAAACUUGAAUUUGCUAAGCAUGUUUGAGGAAAAACAGAAUCCUUAACUCAGUGCCUCUGUCUGCAAUGUGGAAACCUUCAGCUUUGUUCACCAAAAUUGUAUUAUACCUGUAUAUAUAUAAAUAUAGUGUAGUGAGUCACACACCACCAGUUUUAAGUAUCUGGUAGCCAAAUUAAAAUAGAUAAUCCAUAGGCUAAUACAUAUGUCCAUCCCUCUUCAUCUCUGAUGUUAGCAGAAACCAUCAAAAUGACCAUAAGCUUCAUUAAUUUGGGUGGAUUUCAAAUGUGAAAUGUCCCUGUGGUUUUUGUUGACUGUAGUAUAGCAUUCUUGCUUUGGCUGUGCUUUUCCAGGAUAAGAAGGUCUCAGUGUUUCUACUGCAUAAACUUUGUCAGAAAUCACCUGUAAAGAUCAUUUCAUUUUGAGCUGUAGUAAAAUAAAGCAAAGGAAAAAAGAUAACAAUGAAAGAGGCUGUGACAUUUUUAGUUGCCACCAUUAUGAUUGAAACAAUCUGAGUUUAUUGGUGACCUUAUUUAUACACCCUUCUGUUUUUGCAUCUAUAUGUGGAAAAGUAGUCUUAAU